AUGAUUUGUGAAGAAAUUAAAGACGAUGUCUUUGGGUUGUUAGUAGAUGAGUCUAGCGACGUGUCUUUAAAGGAACAAAUGGUCGUAGUUGUGAGAUAUGUCGAUAAGGUCGGAGUUGUUAAAGAGAGUUUAAUUGGAGUUGCUCAUGUGAGGAAUACAUAUUCUUUAACUCUUAAAGAAGCCAUUGUGUCUUUAUUAGCCGAUAACCAUUUAAGCAUAGAUCAAAUCAGGGGUCAAGGUUAUGAUGGUGCAAGCAACAUGCGGGGAGAGUUUAAUGGAUUAAAAGCUUUAAUUCUGAAAGACAAUCCAUCGGCACAUUACAUACAUUGCUUUGCUCAUCAACUUCAGUUAGUGAUUGUGGCUGUAGCAAAAAAGCAUGAUGGUGUUAAAGAAUUUUACGAAACUCUUGGCAUGGUUGUUAAUACGGUUGGUGCUUCUUGCAAAAGAAAAGAUAUGAUGUUGGAGGCAAAAAAAGAGAGAGUGGAAAACGAAAUUCUAGCGGGUGAAAUUAACACAGGAAAAGGAUUAAACCAAGAGGUUUCCCUUGCCCGACCUGGAGACACACGAUGGGGUUCUCAUCAUAGAACCAUCAUAAGUUUGUUGAAAUUAUUUCCGGAAGUUGUUGAGGUACUUACUUUUAUUAAACAAGAUGGAGAGACAUUUCAACAACGAUCCAAUGUGUCAGGUAUUCUAUCAUAUUUUGAGAGUCUUGAAUUUGUGUUUUACAUACACUUGUUGAACGAUAUCUUAGGCCUCACAAAUGCUCUAUCAAAACAUCUUCAAAAAAAGAGUCAAGACUUGUUAGAAGCAUCUCAUUUGAUAAGCGGGACAAAACGAGAUUUGAAUCAUUUAAGACAAAAUGGGUUUGAAAAGAUGUUGGCAAACGUAACAUCUUUUUUGUGA